CGCUUCGCCUCCAAUCAUGUCCAAGCUGUCGACCGGACGUUUACUGGUUGCUGUUUUGAUUUGGAUUCCUUCAUGGCAGAUUGUCAUUGUGGUGUGUGAGCCGAGCCUUUAGCUGUUGUUGAUAACAUGAUCGCCCUUUUUAAUAAGUUACACUCCCGAUGGUUGACUUUCACCCUCAGGCAUCCGCGGACAGCAGCUACGGCGGCUCCCAAGGUUAACCUGUCCACAGCCCCUCCAAAGCCCGUCAUUCCAUCCAAGAAGCCCAUAAAGGUGGAGCUUGUUGGAGGAAAACGCUACUCAUGGUGCUCCUGUGGAUACAGUAGGAAACAGCCGUUCUGCGACGGAACCCACAAAACCAAAGCAGAGGGAAUGAAGGGGCUUCGCUUUGUACCGGAGAAAGACUCCACGGUGUGGCUGUGUGGAUGCAAGCACACCAACAACUCACCUUACUGCGACGGCACGCACAAGCAGGACUUCAUCGUGUCUGCUCCGCUGCAUGAGUGCACAAACUGAUGAAGGCGAAGAACCCUGAGGACAGAGAUGUCUCCGAACUGAGUCGGUGGGAGAAACAUUUUAGACAAAACGGCAUCGGGACAAAUUGUUUCUCGUUUAAAUCAGCGGGACAUGCUGCCAGUAAACUAAACGGUGAUCUAGGUUUCCACUCUUAACUUUGGAGACGAGUGAUCUUACAGAAAUAAAAUUAUUGUUCUUGAAUCCGUUUUUUUUUUUUUUUUUAUUCUAAUUUAGUUGGGUAAGGUUUGUUUCUUGUCUAAAAUAUAAAGGAUUAUUCAUGAGUAACAGGAAAGCAGGUGAUUAUGUACAUAAUUUGAAAUCAUCUUCAUUGAAUGAACUGAGGCUCAUUCCUAGAAUGAAACUUCUUUGCUACUGGAUAUUCCACAAAGUGGUAUUUGUAUUAUAAGGUAAGUGGAAGUGAGUGGGGACUAAGGCGAUGGAAUGACUUCCACCUUUUCUGGUAACAGUCUUCAAAUAUCUAGCCAAAAUUACACCAAAAAGUUAAUGGGUGCAUAAACUGGUGAUUAAUGUGCAACUAGCUAAGAAACAUCUAUGCAAAGAAUGCAUGAUUUUACUUUAUAUGAAAAAUAACAAAUUUACAACUUGUUCAACUAACUGUUUUGUUACAUGACCAAUCCAUUCUGGGAGGCCAAAGGGAGUUUUAAAUGGACAAUUAAAGAACAUGUUAUAGAUAUUCAUACCCAGGAUGACUGGGUAUGAAUAUGAAUACUCAGUAUUUACAUUCAUAUUACAAAUCAGAAAUUUCCUCUGAAUGGAGAAAAUGACCGUGAAAGUCAACAACAGAGAAAAUUAAACAGGAGGCUCACGUCAGAAAAACCUAAUAAGUAAACAUUUUAUUGACCUAAAACAUGCACGUAUGGCUGAUUUAAAAAAAAAAAAAAAAAAAAAGAAUCUGUUGAAAUGCAACAAAAAGGGAAUGUUGCAAUGUACGGAACAACAUACAUGGCGAAAUUUUGCAAAAUCCCUUCUUUUUCACUCAGUUCUUUGAACGGGGACAUCGUGCUGACGAACACGUUGCCCAUCAGUGUGGUAGUGCUUGGACUCGAGUGUGAAAAUACGGCUGGAGAUUCUCCUGCUGA